GUCUCGUCAUAGACUCAUAACCACUUCAGCUCUAGUACAAGAUGAAGAGAGCAGAUCUUGUGUUCAUACCUACCCCGGGAAUGGGUCACCUCGCAUCCACCCUUGCGUUUGCAAAGCAUUUGCUUGAUAGAGAUGACCGUUUCUCCAUCACGGUUCUCGUCAUGAACGCAGCAUUUGCACCCACCGACCAUAGCCUUGUACAGUCGAUCGCUGCCUCCGACACCCGUGUGAGAUUCAUUCAUCUUCCUCAAGUAGAUCCUCCCCCAAAAGAGCUUUUCUUUAAGUCUGUUGAGAAAUUCAUCACCGAGUACGUAGAGAGCUACAGAAGUCAUGUCAAAGAAGCUAUCAUCAACCAUGUGUUAUCCGCUUCGCUUCCACUUGCCGGUUUGGUGGUCGAUUUGUUCUGCUCCUCCAUGAUUGAUGUGGCUUACGAGCUUGGUGUCCCGUCUUAUGUCUUCUUUACCGCUAAUGCUGCAUUUUUUGGCUUCAUGCUCUACCUUCCAACCCGGCAUGACCAGGUCGGCAUUGAGUUUAGGGAAACAGAUCCCGAGUCAGCCAUUCCGAGUUAUGUCAACCCACUUCCUCCUGGUGCUUUGCCUUCAUUGGCGCUAAACAAGGAAGGUGGGUACAUCUCCUUUGUAAACCAUGGUAGAAAGUACAAAGAGGCCGAUGGUAUUAUUAUCAACACGUUUUCUGAGCUGGAAUCUCAUGCGGUAAGCUCUUUUUUUAACGAUGGAAUACCUCCGGUUUACACAGUGGGACCGAUGAUUGACCUCAAUGGUAAGACGCCUUCGGGGAAUAAUCAGGCUAAGCAUGAGAUAAUGAAGUGGCUUGACGAUCAACCUCCAUCAUCAGUGGUUUUCUUAUGCUUUGGAAGCAGGGGGAGUUUCGGAGAACCCCAGUUGAAAGAGACUGCGCUUGGGCUCGAGAGGAGUGGCCACCGAUUUCUUUGGUCAGUACGUCUGCCAUCUCGAGAUGAUGGGUUAGCCAGACCAACUGAUGCCGAGAAUCUCGAGGAGACCUUGCCACCCGGAUUCCUUGAAAGAACCAGAGGCAUUGGAAUGAUAUGCGGAUGGGCUCCACAAGUGGAGGUUCUUGCCCACAAAGCGAUCGGAGGGUUUGUGUCCCAUUGCGGGUGGAACUCGAUCUUGGAGAGCCUGUGGCAUGGUGUUCCUAUUGCUACUUGGCCACUUUACGCGGAGCAGCAAACCAAUGCAUUCCAGAUGGUAAGGGAUCUGGGGUUAGCAGUGGAGUUGAAAAUAAAUUACAGGCUUGGUAGUGGCGUGCUUGUCAUGGCCGAGGAGAUCGAGAACGCAGUGAAAUGCUUGAUGGAAGGUGAUAGCAAGGUGAGGAAGAGGGUCAAAGAGAUGAGUGAAAAAAGCAGACAGGCUGUGAUUGAAGGUGGAUCUUCAUAUGCAUCAAUCGGUCGGUUGAUUGAGGCUAUGAUGGCAAAUGUUACAGUACCUGCGAGGAAGUAGUGAUUUGCUUUAUCUUUUGAGGUUUCCAUGUUUGAGAGUUAGAGUGUUGCUCGCAAUCAAUAAAAUUGAAAUUAGGUCCUUUUUUUCGAAGAAAUGAGUAUGUAUAUAUAUAUAUAGUGGCACUUCAAAGCUUGAUAAGUGAACCUUUUGUAGAAUCAAAGUUGCCCAUGGAUUCAAGUCUUUAGCGUGGAAUAUGUUUUGACCAAA